CGACGCCGGUGUCGAUCAUGUCUCUGGCCGGGAAGGUGGCUCUGGUGACCGGAGGAGCUCAGGGCAUCGGGAGGGCAGCGGUCCAGUCUCUGCUGAGGAGCUCAGCCAAGGUGGCCGUGGUGGACCUGAACAAGACGGUGGGGGAGCAGUGCCAGACCCAGCUGGAUGCCGAGUUCGGGGAAGGAAGGAGCGCGUUCAUCCAGUGCGACGUCACGAACGGCGACGCUCUGAGAGACGCCUUCCAGAGGACGGUGGACCAGUUUGGACGCCUGGACAUCGUCAUCAACAACGCCGGCAUCAACAACGAGAAGAACUGGGAGAAAACCAUCCAGGUCAACCUGACCUCAGUGAUAAAGGGAACCUACUUGGCCCUGGAGCACAUGAGCAAAGAGUACGGCAAGGAAGGAGGCACCAUCAUCAACGUGUCCUCCAUGGCAGCCUUCCUCCACUCCCCCCAUCAGCCCGUCUACACGGCCACCAAACACGGAGUGAUCGGCUUCACACGAGCGAUGGCGGACGCCGCCGCCCAGGACGACUACGGCGUCCGCAUCAACGUCCUGUGUCCCGCCUUCGUCGACACGCCGCUGCUGCACACCGUGGAGGACGAGGACAAUAUGGGGAAGUUCGUCAAGUUCAAGGACGACUUCAAGCAGAGCAUGGACAAGUUUGGGGUUCUACAGCCGCCGCUCAUCGCUGAAGGGAUGAUGAGGCUCAUUUUGGACCCGAGCCUGAACGGCGCCGUGAUGAAGAUCACCUGCGCCAAGGGAAUCCACUUCCACACGUACGAACCCAUGUCGGCCUGACCUCCGACCCGGUCAGAGGUUCUGGGAGCUAGACUGGAACCGGUUCCUCAUAGAACCUCAGCUCUUUGGUUUCAGAUGAUUGUUUUAGAGAAAUGCUGAAGAUGAUUCUGUUCUGCUUCCUGUUUGGACUCAGCAAAGCAGAACCGCUUCCUGUGGGAACUAAAAGUCCAGAAUCAGCUGAUUUGACCAGAACCAGAACCGCCUGCUGAUGACAAGGAAACGGUUCUGACCUGGUCCAGUCAUGGACAACCAAACUUCUCCUGACUUCUUCAUAAAUGAUCCGAUUGGUGCCAGGUUCUGUUGGUACCAGGUUCUGUUGGUACCAGGUUCUGUUGGUACCAGGUUCUGUUGGUACCAGGUUCUAACCUCAGAACCGGGUUUCUCCCAGUUUGUGUUCACCGGUUGCGUUCGGGUCCAGAUCUUUGCUUUGGUUCAUCGCGGUUCUGCUCAGCUCUCUGAAGGUCCCACCACAAGGUUUUCAUCAGGUGAAGGCCUGGACUUUGACUAGGCCACUGCAGCACUUUGAUUCUCUUCUUCUUCAGCUGUAGAUCUGCUGCUGUGUUUGGAUUGCGGUUUUGCUCUGACCCAAUUUAGACCGAGAUUCAGAAUAGGUUUGGUUCUGUUGGACUUCAUCCAUUUCUGUCUCUGUGCUCCACCAGGUCCGGUAACCGGUUCCAGAACCCGACCAGAACCCCUCAGUGUAAAUUACCUAGAGAAAUAAUGAGAUUUGGUUAAAUAUGAAAACAGGCUUUAAUGCUGAAAACUGAUCAAACAUGUCACAGAAAUGGAUCAGAACCAGAGUUACACUCACCGUCCAGCGCUGGUCCACUGGGCUCCCGAUGGACGGAACCAGGAGAGAGAAGGACCGGAGAGUUGGGCUUUAAUUCUCCUCUGCAGUCUGUUGGCUCCCUACAAGGUCCAAUCAGGUUCAGUUAAUCAGGUUCGGUUAAUCAGGUUCAGUCUGUUUACAUGUGACUGUCGGCAGACACACAUGAACAUGGUUAUGUGAGCCGCAGCAUGCUGUAAGCAGAUUAAAAGAGACAGAACCUACAGCGGUUCAUACAGAUCAUCUCAACUGGCCUGAAACAAAACCAAAAGUAACUGAAGGUCAACAGAAAAUGCAAGAAUUCUUAUUAAAAAUACUUUAAUGAUCCCAAAGGGAAAUGAAAUAAAAGCAAACGCUUCAUUGACCUCCCCACCUGCAGGGGGCGCCAAGUGUCCACUGAUGGAAAGGAGCAGCUGUGUUAGCAGGCCAAUAACUAAAGGAUUAUUCAGUGAAGGUUUGACCCACCUGAACCCACCUGGACCCACCUGAACCCACCU